AAUAGGAGAAAACACACACUAUAUUAUUUAAAUACAAUCAUACACGACCUAAGAACAAGUGAAACAUAGAUUUGAUUGAAACAUAGCAAAACAGGAAAUGAAAAAGUUCAAAAGUUUUUACCCGGAAAUCAAUUCUUCAGGCCGAUUUCUUCCAAACAUCGAUAAGUCAAACUCACCUUCUGUAUGUAGGUCAAUUUCGCCAUUUUUAGAAAAAUUGAGUUCCUCCUACUAUUCCGCUCUUAUUGACAAUCAAGAUGACGGAGCAACAAUUAGAUUGUGCCUUAGACUUAAUGAGGAGGCUCCCUCCACAACAGAUAGAACAAAACCUUAGUGAUCUCAUAGACCUGGUUCCAAGUCUAUGUGAAGAUCUAUUGUCCUCUGUAGAUCAACCCUUAAAGAUAGCCAGAGAUAGAACUGUGGGUAAAGAUUACCUGCUCUGUGAUUACAACAGAGAUGGAGAUUCAUAUAGGUCACCAUGGAGCAAUAAAUAUGACCCUCCCCUAGAUGACGGGGCAAUGCCUUCAGACAGACUGAGGCGCUUAGAGAUUGAUGCCAACUCAGCAUUCGACCAAUAUAGGGAAAUGUAUUUUGAAGGAGGUGUAUCCUCAGUGUACCUAUGGGACCUGGACCAUGGCUUUGCAGGUGUUAUUCUCAUCAAGAAGGCAGGGGAUGGUUCAAAGACAACUAAAGGAUGCUGGGACUCAAUACAUGUAGUAGAAGUACAAGAGAAAGCUACUGGUCGUAAUGCACACUACAAACUCACCUCUACUGCAAUGUUGUGGCUACAGACAAACAAAACCGGUUCUGGUACAAUGAAUCUUGGUGGCAGCCUUACACGACAGACUGAACAGGAUGCACCAGUUAGUGAUGCAAGUCCACAUAUAAAAAACAUAGGAACCAUGGUAGAGGAUAUGGAGAAUAAAAUUCGAAAUACUUUAAAUGAAAUCUACUUUGGUAAAACUCGAGAUAUAGUGAAUGGUUUGAGAUCAGUGCAACCUUUACAAGAUGAAACCUCCCAGAAGAUGUUACAAAAUGAACUAGCUAAUGCAUUAUCUCGAAGAGGCCAAUC